UCCAUAUCAAUCAAAUAUAGUACACUACAUGAUACAUGUAAAAAGGGGUGGUUGAGUUUCCAGUCUUUUCUUUUUUAUUUUCUCUAUAUAUCAAUAACACAACCACCACCACUCUGCUGUAUCAUGUAUGUAUGUAUGUAUAAGAAUAACCAAAUUGUUUUAAGUGUUAAUUACGUGUGUAAUCAUCACACAUAGUACAGUAGGGUACGUACGUUUUAUUAUCAAAACAGCAAGAGCAUCAAUCUAGCUAGCUACCUGAAAUCAACAUGGCGGUUGGGAAGAUCGCUGUGUCUCUGGUGUCCGUCAUGCUCGUCAUUGGUGUCGUCAUCGGAGUCGUGGUUAUGGUGAAAAGCAAUGGGUCCUCUGAUUCCCAAGAAUCCCAAACCCGUAUGCCCUCUAUGAAGAUGGUCACCUCCAUCUGUGAGCUUACUAAUUACAAGGAAGCCUGUGCCGGCAGCCUUGAAUCUGUCGCCAAGAACAAUUCUGCCACUGCCAACGAUUACAUUCUCGCCGUCGUUGAGUCCACUCUCAACGAGGUCAAGAAAUCAUCUGAGGCCACCUCCAAGGUUGUCGUCAACAAGGACACCGAUGAACUCAAUCAUGUGGCCGUCCAGGACUGCAAGGACUUCCUGGAUUAUGCCGUUGAUACACUUCAGAAGUCCAUCUCCCUGGUGGGCGGUAGCGACAUGGAAACCCUUGAGGAACGGGCGCACGAGCUCCUUAGCUGGAUGACCGCCGUUUAUGCCUUUCACACCACCUGCCUGGAUCAAAUUGAGAACCCCGAGUAUAAAGCUGCCGUCGCCAAUGGCACCCACAAUUCCACCCAACUCAGCCACAAUGCCGUCAACAUUGUCGCUGAGCUCCCUCAAAUAUUGACCCUCUUCAACUAUCAGCCUAUUCAUCAGAAUGUCACCACGGUAAUUACCUCAGGAAGUGGUCGUCGUCGUCUCAUGUCCGCCAACCACCACGAUGAAUAUCCCAGCUGGUUUGGACCUGCGGAGCGGAAGCUAUUGGCGAAGCGCGGAGGUAUCAUUCCCAACGCCGUGGUUGCCAAGGACGGGAGCGGGCGUUUCAAGACCAUUGGUGCUGCCAUUGCAGCAUGCCCCGACAACAACAAAGGCAGAUUCAUCAUUUACGUCAAGGCCGGUAUUUAUCGGGAGCAGGUCAUAGUCACCAAGAAGAAGACCAACAUCUUUAUCUAUGGAGACGGUAUUGGGAGGACAAUCGUAGCUGGGAACAAAAAUUAUGGAAUUAUGAAUAUUGGGACAAUGCAUACGGCAACAUUCGCUAACGAGGCAACUGGAUUCAUUGCCCGGGGCAUAACAUUCAGCAAUGAGGCCGGUCCACAGGGGCACCAAGCUGUUGCUUUCAGGUCCGUAGGCGACAUGUCGGCCAUGUUUGAUUGCAGCUUCGAGGGUCACCAAGACACUUUGUACUACCAGUUUCUGCGUCAAUUCUACCGCAACUGCCGCAUUUACGGAACCAUCGAUUUCAUCUUCGGAAAGGGGGACGCAGUGAUCCAGGACAGCGAGAUAGUUGUGAGGAGACCGUUGCCAAAACAGUUCAACACGGUAACAGCUGAUGGAAGAGAAAUCCCUCGAGGGAGCAACGGGUUGGUGAUCCAAAACUGCAGGAUUAUCCCGGACAAGUUUCUUUUCCCAAUCAGGUUCCAAGUGCCGUCAUAUCUGGGGCGUCCAUGGACACGUGAAGCACUGACAGUGGUGAUGCAGAGCGAGUUGGGUGAUUUCAUCAGGCCAGAAGGGUGGAAGCUGUGGGACGGUAGCAAUAACCACAAGAGUUGCGAGAUGUAUGAGUUUGGAAACAGGGGACCGGGAGCAAGAACGGAUAGGAGGAACAGGGAAUUCUCAAAGUUCAAAGUUCUGGGACCCAACCAGGCAGCCAAAUACACACCUGGCAUAUUUCUUGCAGGAAACCAAUGGUUGCCACAAACUGGUGUUCCCUUCAGGCUAGGCUUCUGAUCACUCUUAAAAUACAAACCACGUACCCUACCUACGUACAAUCGCUUGUUUCUAUUAUGUUUAAUUUGUUAUAUAUUGUAUGUUGAAUAAUUAAAUGUCUUUGAGUAUGAGAGGAACUACUCUGACUCUGACUCACACCCACACUUUCUCUCUCUAAAUUUAUAUAUAUAAUUGUUCAAUCUGGACUUGAA